AUGUCUGGCUCUGAAAAUGGCAUUCGACCCCAUUUACAUCCCACACAGUCAUUUACCAGGAUGGAAAGCUCAGAUCUGAAGUCUGGAGACUCGACUCCUGUCGCCUCAGGCAAAGAGGGGCAGACAACCGGGCCCGACGUGUUCGAAAGACGCGGUUCGGCAGACUCGAAUAUGGCUGGCGAUGGACAGGCGGAUGAAGGCUUUGUCCUGUCACGCAGUCUGCAGGACCCCUCAGAGGAGCUUCCGAUUGAAUUAAUCAGCCUAGCAGAUCGAUUCGUAAAUUCUUUGAGCGCCAAAGUACACAGCUCGCCUCCGACGAUCGACAAGAUCUCCGAGCUCUUCCAGGUCUUCUACAGCCGCGCCGAAACCCACAUAGCCACCCACAUAUCCGCCCUCAUAACUCGCAUCAACCGCGAUCUCUCGCCCCAAGUCCCCGCAAACCCUCCACGUGGAAGCGCGUUGUCAAAGUUGACAAACAAGCGCUCUCAGGAUGAUGUCCGACAAACGGUUUCUGGUCGUCAAAUGCUGACCGCGUCAGAGGUGGCUGAAAAGCGCAAAGCUCGCAAGGAUCUUGAAAACAAGCGAAGUGCCCUGGAAGAAGCCGCAGAGCGCAGGGUCUGCGAAUUGGUCUACGAUAAAAUUUGGAGGCACAAGAGCACACUGGAUGAUGUGCGAGACGAGAAGCUGCGCUCAAAGACUGCAGCAUUGCUGUUGGUUGGUAUUAAUCUGAAGGACCUUGGCAUUGAGAUAGAUCUCGAGUCCAUCGAAGAGCAGAAGCAGGAUGAGGCGAACGAGUUUCUCGCCCAGGCACGAGAAUGCCUCGCAAAGAUGGACGACUAUAAGUAUCCCCUUGGGAAGCUUCAGCAGCUAGCAGCGGCUCACAAGGCCAUUGUUGAUGCCCUCACUAAAAUUCUGCCGUCGUCCUCCUCGGCAGACGAAAUCCUUCCCACCUUGAUCUAUUCGCUUGUGACAUGUCCGCCUGAAGGGAUUAACAUUGUCAGCAACUUGCUCUUUAUUCAACGGUUCAGGUCCUCAAGUAAAAUUGACGGUGAAACAGCUUACUGUCUGACCAAUCUUGAAGCUGCUAUUAGCUUUUUGGAAAAUGUCGAUCUCUCUACACUGCGCGCCGAUGAGCUACAAGACGGCCCGCUCAAAACCCCCGAAGCAACCACGCCAUCUGCGGAACAUGUUGAUCCUUUCCGGCCAUCAAAGGAAACGACCACUUCAUCUGUUUCAGCUGUCUCAGCAUCACCGGAACUGGCCAAGCCAGAGACCAAGGAGCCUGCAUCAACAUUGCCGAGACCUCGUCUUACUACAACCCCACAGCAACGACGUCUGAGCAACCUUUUCCAACCUCCUGCCAAAGUUCUUGGUGCUGCAAAUGACGCCGUCCGUACCACCGCGGAUCAAGGCCUGAAAAACAUCGGUGCCACCCUGGACAGCAGUUUCAACUUCUUAUUCGGUCGUCUGAAAGAAAUGCAAACCAACCAAGGGCCGAACACAGAAGGAACCGGACCAUUGCUCCCAAAAACACUGGCAGAGGCCCGACGUCUAGUGUCAUUACCGCCUGCCUCCUCCUCCAAUCAAAGCCUAACCCAAGGAGAAUUGGCGGCGAUCAACUCUGUCUCCGUGAACGAAAGCACACCGCCACGCAGCAGCUCAAGGCUCGCCGAACCAUCCAGUGGGGGUCCCACCCCCCGUGAUCGCAGCGUGGACAGCACCCGAACCCAGGGAAGCAGUAAGAAGUCCAUAACCACCUCUCUGCGGGAAGAAUUCACAUCCAAUUCGGCAAUUAGUCCAACCCCGCUAGAAUCAAUGCGGAACUUUGGCAACACCCUUAAUCCUUUGAACCACAUCCCUGGAAUGAUGAGAGGCUUUGGCCGCAACACACCAGAGACUCCCACCGGCCGCUCUGUGUCCCCUUCUGGUCUUGAUAGAUUCAAGCCAUCGCCUGCCUCGGUGGAAACUAACAGUGGGGCGCCCAGUCCGCUGCCUGCGGCGGCGAAAAUCGAUCCUCCCAUUCAGCGUCUCCUUGAGACUCAAGAUGCGCAGGCCCUCCGCAUUGGGGAUGUAGCUGUUCUGCUGGAGGAUUACAAGAGGUUGGCUGCAGCCCUCUUUAAAAAUACCGAGUCCCGGUGA